UAAGAGUGAUCGGUCACGUCACUCAGCCGAGGCGCCAGAAUACCGACGGGGACGAAAGAUUUGCUCUGCUAGUAUGAAGCGCAUAGUAGUGGCAGCUGCACUUCUUUUUUGCACUCGAGGUAAAGAGCAAAUUGAAAUAUUUUUGCAACGUCACAAGCAGUCACGCCUCGGGGAGUGAAGCUAUCGCGCCCAGGCCCCGUCAUCGUUACUUUUCGGCGAACGUUAUGCUCUUUUUGGACAGAACGCUGUCGCUUGUAUCCUUCUCUGCAGCGGGUCCUUGGAUAUCUCCUCGCUGUGCUCAUUCAGUUCCGCCUGCCGUUUAUUCCAAAGUGUGUCCUCCCGGGACAUGGUCACUCGCUGAGUUGUGCUCCAGAUAAGUGGUUUGCCACAGUGGGCAAGACGAGGUUGUGAUUCUUGCCCGAGAGUUCCACUGAGCAAUGCAGCUACUUCAACUUUACCAUGACGAGCCAUCUGUCUUGGACAAAGACUACAAUGGGUUCGACAUUAUCCCACUUUCCAUGUCGAACGUCUCAUUCGACCCUGAGACACUCGCGAAUGAGACAGAGGUGCUCGAGAGCCUGGUUAACUCUACUGUAUCGAUACAGUCGUUAUUCAACGAUACGACAUCUUUCACAACGGAAACAUAUUCUAUCUAUGAGCAGCUCCACGUUCAGCACGCGGCACUGGGUGUCCUCUUGUGUUUUUUCUGUGUGGCCACCAUAUUUGGCAAUGUGCUUGUGAUGUUUUCCGUUGCGAAAGAACAGUAUCUACACACAGUCACAAACUACUUCAUUGCAUCUCUUGCCACCGCGGACUGCCUCGUCGGUGCUGUGGUUAUGCCGUUUUCAGCGGUGCACGAAAUCAUGGAGAAACACUGGAUGUUCGGCCAAGACCUGUGCGAUGUAUGGCAUUCCAUAGACGUCUUGGCAAGCACAGCGUCAAUUCUCAACUUGUGCGUCAUAUCGCUAGAUAGGUACUGGGCAAUCACGGAUCCCAUAAGCUAUCCAUGCCGCAUGACGCAAGCCAAAGCGACCACACUCAUUGCUGCUGUCUGGGUCUGCUCAGCACUUAUUUCAUUUCCCGCCAUCGCCUGGUGGAGAGCAGUCACCAAAGUUCAGCCAACGGAAUUCCAAUGUUCCUUCACUGACGACGUAGGAUACCUCGUGUUUUCCUCAACUAUUUCCUUCUAUGCACCUCUCAUGGUAAUGGUGUUCACCUAUUAUCGCAUAUACAGAGCGGCUGUGGAGCAAACGCGCAAUCUGAAACACGGCUGUAAACAAGUCACAUCCUGCAACGGCGAAGAGGCAACGUCGCUGACGCUGCGCAUUCACCGUGGUGGAGUUUUCAAUUCGACAAACUACAGAACGGUAUAUUCCACUUCCAACGAAAGCUUUGAGAGGAAUCACGUUACCGGCGUGUCAAGAAACUUCAAGAACUUUUCGCUGAGCCGAAAGCUCGCUAAGCUGGCCAAAGAGCGCAAAGCUGCAAAAACGUUGGCCAUCGUUAUGGGAGUCUUCAUAUUGUGCUGGCUUCCCUUCUUUGUCACCAACAUUCUUAUGGGUGCCUGCGGGCCUGACUGUGUUACCGAACCUGACCUUGUAUUCUCCACUGUUACGUGGCUCGGAUGGAUUAACUCCGGAAUGAAUCCUGUCAUCUAUGCCUGUUGGAGCAGAGACUUUCGAAGAGCGUUUACCAAUGUGUUGUGUUGCUGUUGUCCAGGAUACUUCAGGAAACGGCAAAGGUAUAGGAGCCGGCUUAGAACAAUUAUCAAGGAAGACACUAGUCUGCGUUCCCAAAGCCUCGAAGAAGCCGUUUUGUAGCUAGACCAACGUGUACAGUCCACCGUGGUUAUCUAGUCCCGCUGAACCACCCGCGCAGAAUGUGUGUCUCAUGUUCUUAUAGUCUUGAAGUACGCAUUUGUUACGUAGGUCACCUUCCAGGAGAACCUGCUUAAUUUUCCUGCUGUGCCAUUUCACGUUGGAGCCCUGUUCUUUCGAGUUUGCUGCAGUGUCCGAUGACGCUGACAGUACAGUGCGAAGGAGUAGCUGGAACGACUCGUUUGUGUUGCUCAAAUUUUCCCAUGUAUAUUUCAAUGAAUGGGAACCAUCACACUGGCUGUGAAUUGAUGUAAAUAUUGGUACGUCGCUUGUCCCGUAUAUUGUGUCCAGUUACCGGCACGUGGAACCCUUAUUACUCAUACCUCACGAACAUCUUCAUCUCACUGUUGUAUGAUACAUGCAUUUUUAGGGACAUGGCGUAAUUUAUUUUUAUUUUGCACUCCUUAUUUUGUCGUGUAAGUAUUUCCAACUCAUUAUGCAAGCACCCUAGCCGACCUCUGCCCAGUAAACUUUUCUUUCUGCUCUGUCUGAAGUUCCAUAAUGAAAUGUGCACUUUACUAGGUUCCUUCGAAGACACGCAAAGUGAAUUUAGAGAUCGUGCCUGUACUAACCACCUUGAAGGAAACCGCUGUGAAGAACCCUUCAGUCGGUCCCUGUAAUGCUACUAAGCCGCAUGUACCAAUUUUUUUGUUAUUGGCCCUGUAGAUUGUUUGUGGUUCCAUUUCCUUGUUACACGAACACAUAUUGUUCACCUCAUGGUAUAACACCUUAAUUCCUACCACAGUUUGAGCUAUUGUCUCCUUAGGAGGAAGCAACUGCGGCCCACAAUCAUAGCUUAUCAUGUGGAUGUAAUAAGGCGUACGCUAUCGCUCGCCAAAGAACAAGACAAAUCAAAUCUUCUUCUUUCAUAGAUCAUGAGAGGAACCUUGAGAAUUCAGAAAAAUACAAGGCGAACCUAUUGAGACCUUAUUUUUGCUUCUCCGUCUUGGGUUAUCUCUAUUCUCAGUGGUGCUUUCUCGCAUGGCGGUUUUAUCAGCAUAGGAACUCUUUCUGGUGACAAGGACGAAAAAAAAAGAAGACAAAAGAAAACAUCCCGUACGAAUGUUUAACAUAUCAAAAGAAGGCCCACUGCGGCAAGAGCCAGUCAUGGCUGAAAUUGGUGUGAAAAUAUUGUUCAAAGAGACCGCCAACGUAUCGACAUGCAGGCUGGCUCUCACCUCUUAUUUGGCAAUGGUAGGGCGACGUGUGUCUCCUAGCAAGUGUAUUGAGUCAUGCUAUAUCUUAGAGCACCUGAAAGCGGACAACAAUAAAACAGAAGUGAGUGUAAUCCUUGGUGUGGUCUUCGUUUAAUUACUUCGUGAUUUUGAUAAAUCCACAAACUGGGGCAUGCUAACUGUGCAAUAAACGUCACGUGCCAGGUUAAAUGGUGCAUAAUACGUAUCAAAAUUAUCUAUGUAGGCAAUUGUAGGGUUUAUAUUAAACGGGAUUUGGGCUGCAGGGGGCUCAACGAAACCCUGCCCGACACUGUACCGCUCAACCACUCGACAUGACUCCAACGUCCGCCGUUCAGUUAAUACUUCCGUCAUCCCUGCCCCUCCCCACUGGAAAAUUACAAUAAUAAUAAAUGAAAGGAAGGAAGUCCACUGGCAAUCAUUAGAUUAA